UCUCGCUACAAGUGUAAACAAAAAUUUAAUUCGGAGAAGAAGCUCAUGUCCAGCAGCAUAUUUAGCUCAUAUUUGUGCCCUAAACCUCCAGACACGAUGGGAGAACAAACUAAAGAAAAUCCGCUCCACAUCUCAUGGCAUGACAGCAUGUGGAUCCCGCACCUCAACUCCACCAACGUCAUGGACUACUUUGCGGAGAGGACGAACCCCUUCUACUCCCGCGACUGCAAUAAUGAGUUCAUCAAGAUGCAACAGAACACGAGGGUGGAUCAGCUGACCCACAUGCAGGGUGUAGAGUACAUGCUGCUCCACACACAGGAACCAAUCCUGUACAUUAUCAGGAAGCAGCACAGGUACUCUCCAACACAGGUCACCCCACUGGCCAAUUAUCAUAUCAUUGGCGGCCAGGUCUACCAGACGCCCGAUUUGGGUUCUGUCAUCAAUUCCAGAGUGCUGGGGGCUUUCAGCAACCUCAACAGCGCCUUCACGGAGCUGCAGUCGUUUUCGCACUACCAUCCGUCCAGAGGGUACUGGUGGCAGUUCAGGAAUCAGGGUGACCAAACGGAGCAGCAAAAGAAGGAGAAGGAGAAGAAGGGACAAGUGAAGAAGGAGGAGCCCGCAUCACUCUUCCAACAGAGACGUGUAGAUUCCCUCCUCGAAGACCUCCAGACUAGAUUCCCCUACAAGUACCCAACAGUGCCACAGCAACCACAGAAUGCGCAAAACCAACAACAGGAGGGAUCGAAAGCAGGUGAAGACACGAAACCCGAUGUGAAAGUGGAGGUGAAGGUGGAGGUGAAGACAGAGAUCAAGACCGAGCCGUCCUCGCAGGCGCCUUCCCAACGCACGGCCAAACCCCCUCCUGAGAAGCGCCAGAGAACGGGGCCUUGACUCUGGUGCCGAGAUAUACCCUACGGAUACCUCUCUGGUUAUUCUUUAAAUUCCUCAGUGAUAUGUCACUGAUAUCCCUCUAAUGCCCCCUCCCCAUAUGCUCGUCAAAUUGAUCUUCAGACGCCCCCCCUCCCCCCGAAAUACUUAUUAGAAUGAUAUUUAAAUACCUUUUUGAUACCCUCUCAGAGGUUCCUCAAAUGUCCUGCAGGUACCUCAUGUCCUCUUUCGAAGUUUGCAGAAUGGGCUACCCGUGUUUUGUCUAUGCAUGCUGAGGAACAGAGCUUGGAUGAUGGUUGUUCCCAGGUGGAAUGCCAUUUCAGGGAUAUUGUAUGCAUAAAGUUUUAAUUUAAGCAUGUUCAUAAGUGUUUUUUGAAAGUAUGCUUGGGAUACUGAAUGAAUAGUAGGGAAAAAAUGAAGGUGGAAGAGUGAAAAUGAAUAAAUUAUUGAAUUCUCAAA